UGUAAUUGAUUGUGAAUGUUACAGCAGUAUUUUGUGACUCUUUCAGGUCUUUCUAACAGUAGCUGUUGGGGUGUGACUUACACCUCUACAGAAGUUUGUGCUUUAGUGGGAUCAACAGUAGAUAUUCACUCUUCAUACUCACAUCCCACUGGAGAUACAGUAAAUAAAACAUACUGGGAUUACAGUCGUUAUGAGGAAUACAGAGAUCUGCGUGAGGUUCAUCAGUUUGCUGGUCAUGUGGAGUUUGUGGGAAACACACUGAAAAUCAAAGACGUCAACACGAGUGACACUGGAUAUUAUAAGUUCAGGAUCAUCACUAACACAUCAGAUAAAGUUUCUGGUUAUCCUGGAGUCUAUCUUACUGUUACAGGUACACGAGUGAUAAGCAGCCCAGACCCUGUAAUAGAUGGAGAAAAAGUGAUAUUAAGCUGUUUAACCAAAUGCACUCUGGAUAACAAACAUACUUACAUCUGGUAUAAGAAUGGACAACAGGUAACAGAUGGAUUGACAUUAUUAAACAAGUUGUACCUGGACUCAAUCAACAGUGAGGAGCUACAAGAGUAUUCCUGUACUGUAAGAGAUACAAUAGACAAAACAAAUGAAGCAGUGGACAGCUCAGUGUUUCUCUCUCUGUUGAUGUUUCUGCCUCAGUUUCUCAUCAUUGAAGCUCUGUGGAUGUGAUGUUGCAGGUCUGUGAGUAGAUCAGCUGUCUGUCCAUCAGAACUACUGGAGUGAUGUCACAACUCUCUUUAUGACAUCAUCACCUAGCAACAAUAGCCGUUUCUCAAUACCAAGUACGCCAAACUCGGACUUGUGUCCUUCGUAGUUCGAACUUGCAAGUUCAGACUCGGAAGAACGAACUCCUGACGCGAAAUGCAUUCUGGGAAACUUCGCUGUCAUAAGUCCACACAAGUCUCCUCUGAUGCAUCCCCGAUAAAAUGGGCGGAUCAAGAACACAUCCCGGGAUUUUAUGUGAACUUGGACUUGACGCGAACUUUGAAUUGGAACAGUACUUGGGCCGUGACUGAUGACGUUUCACAAGUCCACAAGAACGCAAGUACAGACAAGAACGCAUAUUGAGAAACGGCAUAUUGUCUCUCAGCAGUGACAUCAGUGAUGCAGUGAUGUCAUAUACAGUGAUGUAUUAAUGACAGUUCAGUGUAAAUAAUCUAAUGUUCAAAUACAUGAAUUAUUCAUUGAAGUAUUGAGUUUAUCAUUCAACAGUCUUGUGUCAGUGUCAGAUCAACUGUAACAUCACAAUACAUAAAUCCUGUAAAAACUUUGCUAUAGUGCAUCUUUAUGUAGAUGAUACUGUGAUCUACUUUCAUCUUCACUAUAAGUCAGACUGUUAUUCAACUCAAUGCUGUUUUUAGUUAGGUUAGGAUUUUAUUACAGGGCUGUGCUUUAAUCUUGUAGUUAGGAAAACAUUUGUUCAGUUUAUAUUAAAAUGUUUUGGACUAUGGGGACAUUAUUUACAUGCAUGUUGAUUUCACUGAAUUUCACAGUUUAGACACUGACUGUGUAUCAUAGCUCAUUAUGUUUUAUAAUUCACUGUCAUUGUUGUA